CCAAGAACUUUGUGCCAAAAGAAAGAUAACCUAAAAAACUUAGAGAUCAGUUUGCGUCAUCCUCAUUCUUCAACGCCGCAUCCGUGCUUCCCCGGCGACGGCAACAACGUCACGUUCGUCUCAUCGUCCUUCCAUGGCGUGCAGCAUUCUAGCGCCGUGCAAGCGAGCCCUUGCUCGGCUCUUCCGCAUCCCAGCUUCCAUCAGGGCCUUCCGGUUCCGUAAGUCCUCCGCCAAGAUGAGCCCCCACAACCGCCGCCGCCGCCGCGGUCGCAGCUCGAGCCGGAGUCUCCAGCUGUUCAGGCCGCUCAUCCGCUCCUCCUCCACGCCGGAAACCUCGACGGAGAGCCCUACCGCGUGCAGGGCAGCAGUGCCUGAGGCGCCGGUGCAAGCGGCGGCGCCCGUGCCGUCGCCGGAGACGCCAGCUUACGUGAAGAUGGUGGAGCGGCUUCGGUCGAGGACGAGCACGUGCACUGGAGAGGAGAAGGAUGCAUGCCAUAGCUUCGAGAGCUGCCUCAUGGAGAUUUUGACGGAGGAAGGCAAGGUGCAGGACGUGGAGGAGCUGCUGCAGUGCUGGGAGCGGCUCAAGUCGCCGGUGUUCGUCGAUCUAGUCUGCCGGUUCUACGGCGAUCUGUGCAAGGACUUGUUCUCCUCGGCCGGGGGUGACGACAGUGGGAACGCUGACAGGGACGAGGGAUUAGUCUCCACGUCGGCCGCUCUGUUAGGGUAACUCAUUGCAGCACCUUUUUUGUAACACAAAACCUUCGGUUUCUCCUCGAUGCUCCAUCAAAAUAUGCAGCUGAAUAAUUCAAAUUUUCAAUCCAGGUUUUUAUGCUGUACCACCGGCUCAACAACUACAUAGGUUGGGCUAACCAAUCAGCCCAAAUUUAAACCAAGUUCAAAUG